AUGGGCCCCGAAACUCUGCAUAUUGGUGGGAGAAAAUCGAAAUUGGCGGUAAUACAAUCCAACCAUGUUUUAAAACUGAUCGAAGAAAAGUAUCCGGACUACGACUGCAAAGUUUUCACUUUACAAACCCUUGGUGACCAGAUCCAAUUUAAGCCUUUGUACUCGUUUGGUGGUAAAGCUUUAUGGACGAAGGAGUUGGAAGACCACCUUUAUCACGACGAUCCUUCAAAGAAGCUUGACUUGAUUGUUCAUUCUCUGAAGGACAUGCCUACCCUAUUACCGGAAGGUUUUGAGCUGGGAGGUAUCACCAAACGUGUCGACCCAACUGAUUGUCUUGUCAUGCCCUUUUACUCUGCUUAUAAGUCCCUAGAUGACCUUCCAAACGGGGGUAUCGUGGGAACCUCUUCCGUGAGAAGAUCUGCUCAACUGAAAAGAAAAUAUCCACAUUUGAAAUUUGAAAGUGUCAGAGGAAAUAUACAAACGAGAUUACAAAAAUUAGACGACCCAAAAUCUCCAUACCAAUGUAUCAUCUUGGCGUCUGCCGGGUUGAUGCGUAUGGGGCUGGAAAAUAGAAUUACGCAGCGGUUCCAUUCAGAUACAAUGUACCAUGCAGUUGGACAAGGCGCCCUGGGUAUAGAAAUUAGAAAGGGCGAUGCCAAGAUGAUGAAGAUUCUUGACGAAAUUUGCGAUUUAAAUGCAACCGUAUGCUGCCUCUCGGAGCGUGCUCUGAUGAGAACUUUGGAAGGGGGUUGUUCCGUCCCCAUUGGCGUGGAAUCUAAAUACAAUGAGGAGACAAAGAAACUUCUAUUGAAAGCCAUUGUAGUUGAUGUGGAAGGUACCGAAGCCGUAGAAGACGAAAUUGAAAUGCUGAUAGAAAAUGUUAAGGAAGAUUCCAUGGCAUGCGGUAAGAUUCUAGCUGAAAGGAUGAUUGCCGAUGGUGCAAAAAAAAUCCUGGAUGAAAUCAAUUUAGAAAGAAUUAAAUGA